GCGGCGCUGACCCGGCGGAGCGGAGCGGAGCGGAGCGGCCCCCGGCCAUGGGCAGCGUCGGCCCCCGCCCGCCCCGAGGCCACCGGCAGAUGUGCUGAUGUCUGCUCCUUGCAAAGACCUGACCCACCUGAGGUUGGCAGAUGCACAGAUGUGACCGUGAAUCACCAGUAAAAGUAGAAUGAGUGAGAGAGAUAUACAGAGCCUGAGCAAAUGGGUUUUCGUGCUCAGCCUCUGCCUCACCACGCUGUGGGGACGACUGACGCUGGCCUCCACGCACCAGCACAGAAGCCAUUCAGUGCACGUGGAGCCCGGCACGUGCGAGGUGAUUGCAGCUCACCGGUGCUGCAACAAGAACAAGAUCGAGGAGCGCUCCCAGACGGUGAAGUGCUCCUGCUUCCCAGGGCAGGUGGCAGGGACAACACGGGCAGCUCCCUCCUGCGUGGACGCCUCCAUCGUGCUGCAGAAGUGGUGGUGCCAGAUGGAGCCGUGUCUGCACGGGGAGGAAUGCAAAGUGCUGCCUGACCUCUCGGGAUGGAGCUGCAGCAGUGGCAACAAAGUGAAGACGACCAAGGUCACUCGAUAGCCCCCGUGCAGCGUGGCACGGGCUGAGCAGCCUUGCCGUGGGUCUGGUGCUCCCGUGGGCAGCAGGACGUGGCCCUGCAGAGGGGGGAUGCUGCAGGGCUGCCAGGCUGCACCCGCCAGCAGGACUGUGGCAGCUGCUGGAUCAGAGCAUCCUCUGCACCCCAGCUUCCCUGGAGGCUGCAGGAGGGUCCCAGCACAGUGCCAGCAUCCCGUCACUCCACGGUUUCCUCCUUUCCUGGGGACACCUUCACCAACCAAGAAAUGGGCUCGUUUUCUAACCUUCCUAAAUAAAAUACUCCCACUAUGUAAGAGCUGUUGACAAUGCAGAGACAGACAGGCAGCAGGCCCCCAAAGUGGGCUUUAGUCUGAAUAGCUGAAAUCAUUGCUGUGAGAGGCCUUUCCCCCCGAGAUGCUGAAUCCAGGUUGCAUUGGAAUCGGGAAAUCAGUGGUUAUGUGAAACCCUUUCCCACGUGGCUCCUAGCCCUGGGGUUCCUAGGAGCAGCUGCUGAGCUCCAGCCUGAUCCUGGGUCACUGAGGGCUGCUCUGGUCUCAGAGCCUGGCCUUUCCCUGCUCCACCACCAUGACCACAGGCAGCAGAUGUGGCAGCAUAGUCAGAGGGUGUCUGUUGGCUCCCAGGGAUUGUGAGAUGUCUCCAUGGUGCAUGCUGCUGGUUUCUCCUUCCUCAGUAAUUGCAUUAUUCAGGUUGCAAAUUUAGUGUUUUCCACCAUGCAAAUCCCAGGCACUGAGUUUCUGCUUGUGUUUGCAAUUGAAUUUCAGAUUUGUGUGAGGCGACCUGUCUGUCUGCAGCUCUGGGGUGUCUGGUGCAUCAGAAAGGGCCUCUGACCAAGCUAGAUUUUGUUGUAGUAAUCGAAAAUAAAGAAAACUGUACUACCUUCUGGCCCUGAGCUCACAACCUUCUCCAGAACCCACCAUUUCCUGUGGUGUGGCAACUCAAGGUGGGGCACAACGUGAGCUCUGUGCCCCCGGUGUCAGAGGUGCUGGGGACCCUGGGGCUGUGGGACCAGCACCCCCAGCCCUGCUCUGGGACUCUGCAGGGGAUGUGCUGGCGCAGGAGGGGCUGGAGAUGGUGUGGACCAUGGCAGUGAGGGGGUCCCUGCUGUCUUUGCUGCCACCUGCCUCCUGCCCUGGCUCCCACCACAGGACUCGUUAUUGAGACGUUUUUGUAAUGGGGUAUGUAAUACUCUCUCCAGAUGUGAUGUAAAUACCAGACUGUGAAAUAAUAAAUUCAUUUUAAU